AUGAGCAACGAUAAGCCGACCGUCGAGAGCAUCGACGACAUCAACGCCAAGAUGGCGCAGAGGUCUUCGUAUGACGCCAAGGUUGACCCGGAGAAACACACCGAGCAGCCUCUCGCGUACGAUCCAACCGUAGAAAGAAAGCUGAGGUUGAAGAUCGAUCUGAUGAUUGUGCCCACUGUCGCCCUGCUUUAUCUCUUCUGCUUCAUCGACCGAGCCAACAUUGGCAACGCUCGCAUCGCCGGCCUCGAGAAAGACCUCCACAUGGCAGGCUACGACUACAACGGAACUCUGAGCGUCUUCUAUAUUAGCUACAUUCUCUUCGAAAUCCCCGCCAAUAUCCUCUGCAAGGUCAUGGGACCCGGCUGGUUCCUCCCUCUAACUACCCUCCUCUUCGGUAUCUGCUCAAUUGGUACCGCCUUCGUUCACACCGUUCCGCAACUCAUGGGCGUCCGGUUCCUCCUCGGAAUCUUCGAAGCUGGAAUGUUGCCAGGCAUAGCUUACUACCUGUCCCGUUGGUACCGAAGAUCUGAACUCGCCUUCCGCCUCAGCUUAUACAUUGUUAUGGCACCAUUGGCUGGUGCCUUUGGCGGUCUCUUGGCCUCUGCUAUUCUCCGUCUCGAAAGUUUCGGAACCAUCCAUUCAUGGCGCAUGAUCUUUGCCAUAGAAGGGAUCAUCACCACUGGCUUGGCCCUCAUCGGUUUCAUCACCCUGACCGACCGUCCCGCCUCAGCCCGCUGGCUCACAGAGGCCGAAAAGGAUCUCGCCGAGACCCGCGUCCGCUCUGAGCGUGUGGGUCAGACUCAAGUUCUCGACAAGUUGGACACCCGUAAACUUCGCCGAGGAAUCUUCGCACCCAUUACGCUGGCGACUUCGUUUGUCUUCCUCCUGAACAACGUCACCGUUCAGGGUCUGGCAUUCUUCCUGCCCACGAUCGUCAAGGGAAUCUAUCCAACCUCCACUGUGCAGCGCCAGCAACUCUAUACAGUCCCCCCUUAUGUCGUGGGCGCCUUCUUUACCCUCCUACUACCGCUGCUCAGCUGGCGCCUCGACCGUCGACAAAUCUUCUUCAUCAUGUCCGCGCCGCUAGCAAUGAUUGGCUAUAUCAUGUUCCUCGCCUCGAAGGACCUCUCGGUGCGCUACGGUGCGACCUUCCUCAUUACAUCAGCCGUGUUCGCCCUAGGUGCUCUCACGAACGCCCAGGUCGCCGCCAACGUCGUAUCAGACACAGCACGUAGCGCCGCGAUUGGAACCAAUGUCAUGUUUGGCAACGUCGGAGGGCUUAUUUCAACAUGGGCAUUUUUGCCGUGGGAUGCGCCCAACUACCCGAUCGGCAACGGACUGAACCUAGCAACUUGCAGUAUGAUCCUGAUAAUUUCGACACUGACGCUGCUUUGGAUGAAGCGAGAUAACCGCAAGCGAGAGGCCCGGAACAUUGAGGAUGAAUUGCACGGCUUGUCAAGGCAAGAGGAGAGUGACUUGGACUGGAAGCACCCUGCGUUCAGGUGGAAGCCUUAG